UACACCCAACAACACUUAGUUGUUGGAAAACUUUUGUCUGCAUACGCUAACCGCGGCAAAAAUCUCGCUAUUUUACAUUUAUUUAAAGACUCGACUGUCGUUUGAGUGUGAAGUGUUAUUUAUUCGUGCUAUUUAUCCAGAAACGGCGAAGGAUUACCGCAGCAUGGCUCUUCUGGAGUGUUUGUUUACAUGAUGAAUCAGCUGACAAGCUAACGCUAGCACUCUCUGUUUUAUUUUUUUAUUUUUAAUCAUGAGGAGGCAAUUUUCAGACAGCUCUGAAUUCAUGAAUGAAACGCGACAUCGGUGAAGCAGACAUUGUACCUGUGCGGCGGUGGGGGGUCGUGUUGGGUCGUAGUGAGCCAGAGUGGACGAUGCGGAAGCUAAUGUCAAACAAACAGCGUUAGCGGCGUGAACCCUUCGGGUCAAUCUAUCCAGUCACCGGAUCAUCCGCCGGCCUUCAUGACAACAUGCCGUGCUCCUGUGGGAACUGGAGGAGGUGGAUCAGGCCGCUGGUCGUCCUGCUCUAUAUUCUGCUGCUCAUUGUCGUCCUACCGCUUUGCAUCUGGGAACUGCAGAAGUCAGAGGUUGGCACGCAUAACAAAGCAUGGUUCAUCGCUGGGAUUUUCGUCUUCAUGACCAUUCCCAUAUCAUUAUGGGGCAUCCUGCAGCAUCUGGUGCACUACACUCAGCCAGAGCUCCAGAAACCUAUCAUCAGAAUAUUAUGGAUGGUCCCGAUCUACAGCUUGGACAGUUGGAUCGCACUGAAAUACCCAAGCAUUGCAAUUUACGUGGACACAUGCAGAGAGUGCUACGAAGCAUAUGUCAUAUACAACUUCAUGACCUUCUUGCUCAAUUACCUGGAGAACCAGUACCCCAGCCUGGUGUUGAUGCUGGAGGUCCAGGAGCAGCAGAAGCACCUGCCCCCUCUCUGCUGCUGCCCGCCGUGGCCAAUGGGAGAGGUGCUGCUGUUGAGAUGCAAACUGGGAGUGUUGCAGUACACAGUCGUAAGACCGGUCACUACAGUCAUUGCCCUAAUCUGUCAGCUGUGUGGCGUCUACGAUGAAGGCAAUUUCAGCUCUACAAAUGCGUGGACGUACCUGGUCAUCUUCAACAACAUGUCACAGCUGUUUGCCAUGUACUGCCUGGUGCUGUUCUAUCGAGCUCUGAGAGAGGAGCUGAGUCCAAUCAAGCCAGUUGGCAAAUUUCUCUGCGUCAAAAUGGUGGUCUUCGUUUCCUUCUGGCAAGCUGUAUUCAUUGCUCUGCUGGUGAAAGUGGGGAUCAUCUCAGAGACACGCACAUGGGACUGGCAAAGCGUGGAGGCCGUAGCCACUGGAUUACAGGAUUUUGUCAUUUGUGUGGAGAUGUUUCUGGCAGCCAUUGCACAUCACUUCAGCUUCACCUACAAACCUUACAUCCAGGAGGCUGAGGAAGGGUCCUGUUUCGACUCUUUCAUGGCGAUGUGGGACAUAUCUGACGUACGAGCCGACAUUUCUGAACAAGUGCGCAACGUCGGGAGGACAGUCAUGGGUCGUCCGAGGAAGUCCUACUUCGACGAGGCGCAGAACGACGGCGAGCGAUCCGGCCUGCUCGCCUCGGCCUCUCAGGACGCCAUCGUCGAAGCGUCGUCCAACUCGGUGUCCCCUAAUGGUCAGUACCAGGGCCUGGGCAGCACUCUCACGCCGCACUCCCUGUCGGCGCCUGCAGGCCUCAGCUCGGCACUGUGGGACCAGGGGUACGAGGCCGGACCCGAGGAAACUCGGGAGGAAGAAAGGACCCACCAAACCAAAGAACCGGCCGAGGCAGACCUCAUUGUGAUCACUUAACUUCGGCCGGUACGGCUGGGCAGGACCCGAUUACAGACUCGCAAUGUUCUCCCGGACUUUGCCGAUACAGACCUUAAUUUUUUCUUUUUAAAUGAUGAAUCAACCAAGUAAAGGUUGGUGUUUGACUGACAAAUACCGAGACAGAAUGGACCUCUGCCAGUGACAGCUCCAUGAAUGUUCAGUGAACUUAUGGCUCUUAAAGACUUGGGAGGUAAUGGGUAUUUGGCCUCGGUGUGCUGGACAUGAGGCUGGGUAACACACAGAAAACUCACAUCCGUUUUUUCUUCUAUAUCAGCUGUAUAGGAGUGACUUUAGGUAAUUUAACACAAUUAAAAGCAAAUAAUCUUAAGUUUGCGGUUCUGAGGGAAAGCACGCACCAUAUCGAUUCAUGAUAUAACAUCGAUUAUACAUAGCCCAGCCUCACCUGGAAAGAUGCGUGGCUAAUUUAGCUGUAAAUGGACGGCGCAUGCAGGGACUUCUGUAUCCUCACAAACAUCCGUUUCCACAAAGGGACCCUGUCUCUGUGCUGUACACGUUACGUGUCAGUUAAUGUCAAGAUCCCAAUGUGACAAAUGAGAAAUAUGCAAUAGUUAAAUCCUUUUGUUCGCGUAUCUUGGUGACUGUCUUGUGAGAUCAGUCACCGUGAUGGGAAGUCUCCAUAUCUGAAAGCACAUUAGAGGUUCAGGAAUGUUUCAUCCUCGUUUGUUCGUGUGAUUUAUUUCUGUUACAGAUUUAAAAAAAACAAAAAGCAGUGUACAAACUGUUCGACUUUAAAUUGUUUAAAGUGGCAUCCUGACAUGUAACAUUAUCAGUAUCGUUUCAGUGGAUAUCACUGCAGUUCAAGUGUUGAAUAAAAUAAAAACAACUCAGUCUGAAACAGUACAAUCAGCACAUUCUAGUGGGUUUAGAUCAGUGCUUCAACACCAAGUUUCCUUUAUACUGUUUAAUAGGAAUUUCAGCACCAGUCUUCUCAGAUGCCUUGUUCUUUGUUUAGCCAGUCUGUCCUGUUCAUUCAUAGGAUGGAGAUCAGUUUUUUUUCCCCUUUAAAGGCGGACCUCUGCAGCGUCUCAACGGAAGCUUUUUACAGACUUUUACUUUCUUUUUUUAUUGUUUCCUUCAUAUGUUUGUUUAAGGUGUUCUGAUAUUGAUGUGUAGCUUAGGAUGUCAGUUUGUGUCCAACAGGUACAUGCAUCAAAUCAACAGCAUCAUGUCCAUGUUGAGCAUGUUGCACUGCCUUACGUUCUUAUUUUCUCAAAUGAAACUGACAGGAUGACAUUUGAUCGGUUGUAUUUGUUCCAUAUGUUGAUUUAAUUUCAUUUCCAGUGGCCGUUUCAAUAAAUCGGUUUAACUUGU